AUGGACAACGGCAAUAAACUUGCUCACUAUGACCGUCUGAUUGCGGCGCUGAGUGAGGAAAUGCUUGAAUCCACUAUCGACGUGCGCGAUUUAUCUUCUUCAGAGAUAAAAAGUGACAAACAAAGAGUGGAAUUGCUGACGGUAGCGACAGACAAGUGUGUGCGGUGCGUAGAACUGAUAGCUAAGAGUUUGGAGGCAUCAGGGAAAUUGUGUAGACUACAAAAGACGCUAAAAAAUGCAUACGAGCGCAGUCAAGAAGAAAAGAUUGAUCAGGAUGAAAUCAUGGAAGAUGUUGAGAACGCAGAGGAUGACGAAGCCACCACGUUGUUUUUGCAGGACCUUGUAACAGCUGGAGAUGAAGCUGAUGAUGCCGUCAAGAAUUAUGCGCGUCUAGGUGUUGUACGUAAGACAGCGCAAGCGAGUCACAAGCUAUUGACUGCAGCAGAGCGUGAUUUGCAUGAGCAUCUCGCCAACAAUCCGGAUUUUGCUGAAGAUGAUGCUGUGCAGAACAUGUUCCGUGAAUUGUACAUGGAGGAAUUCACUGCUGUCUUUGGAGAUGAGCUGGAUCAAUUUCGUCAAGAGGAACGUUUUGAGAGCAAGGAUGUAAGUUAUUUAAUCUCCUGUAUUCAAGCAGGUACCGACAUCUUCUCGCCGCUACAAAAGAAGCUAUUUGUUGAAUCUAUUAGGACUAAUACAUCAACGGUAAGAACCUCGGAGACAUAG